AUGGCCGCAAUGCUGGCCAUGAAGGUGGUCACGGGGCUGGCGGCAGCGGCACUGGCGGCAGUGCUCUUGGAGCACUAUGGCCUGGCUGGUCAGCCCUCGCCGCUGCCCCAGCCCCGCGCCCCCCGGAGCCCGCACCCCGCUCCGGGCCCCGGAGCCAGCAACAUCUUCUGGGGUCUGCAGAUAUCCGACAUUCACCUGAGCAGGUUUCGCGAUCCAGGCAGAGCUGUAGACUUAGAGAAGUUCUGUUCAGAAACUAUUGGCAUCAUUCAACCAGCUCUCGUCCUGGCAACAGGAGAUCUCACUGAUGCCAAAACAAAGGAACAGUUUGGAUCCAGGCAGCAUGAGGUAGAAUGGCAAACUUACCAUGGUAUUCUGAAGAAGACAAGGGUCUUGGAAAAAACCAAGUGGCUUGAUAUCAAAGGAAAUCAUGAUGUAUUCAACAUUGCAAGUCUGGAGAGUGUCGAGAAUUAUUACAGGAAAUAUUCUGCCGUACGUAGGGAUGGCUCUUUCCAUUAUGUCCACAGUACUCCCUUUGGCAACUAUUCUUUCAUCUCUUUGGAUGCCACCCAAAAUCCAGGGCCCAAGAGACCCUAUAAUUUCUUUGGAAUUUUAGAUGAGAAACGGAUGGAGGAACUUCUAUUACUCGUUAAGGAAAGUAGUCGGAGCAACCACAGUAUUUGGUUCGGACACUAUACAACAUCCACUAUCCUUUCUCCAUCACCAGGAAUUCGGUCAAUAAUGAGUUCAGCUACAGCGUAUUUGUGUGGGCACCUCCAUACACUAGGCGGACUGAUGCCUGUUUUGCACACUCGUCACCUCCAGGGCACUUUGGAACUUGAGGUGGGAGACUGGAAGGAUAACAGAAGGUACCGGAUCUUUGCCUUUGAUCAUGACCUCUUUAGCUUUGCAGAUUUGAUCUUUGGCGACUGGCCUGUGGUUCUUAUCACUAAUCCUAAGUCACUCCUAUAUAGUUGUGCUACACAUGAACCACUAGAAAGACUCCUUCAUUCAACACACAUCAGAGUCUUGGCCUUUUCCUUAUCCUCCAUUACUUCUGUCACAGUUAAGAUUGAUGGAAUUCAUUUAGGGCAAGCUAUUCAUUUGUCUGGUCCUAUUUUCAUACUGAAGUGGAACCCAAGAAACUACAGUAAUGGGACACAUAACAUAGAAGUAAUUGUCCAGGAUUCUGCUGGGAGAAGUAAGAGUGUUCACCAUAUAUUUUCUCUUCAAGAGGAUAUUCAUCUCAGAUUUGAUCCCCUGGCAUCAUUUAUUCUCCUUACUGACCAUGGCAUCGUGGCCCGGGUCCUUUUUGUGAUGAUUGUGUUGGUCCAGCUCACCAUUCUCAUUACUUUUAGGUGUCAAGGAUAUCCAGAGCAUAAAGGGUCUCCAGGAUUUAUAAAUUUGGCCUCAUUUUCCCUCCACGUCUUGAGCAAACUAAACAUCUUCUACUAUUCUGUGUUGUUGCUAACCCUAUAUACAGCACUGGGACCAUGGUUUAUUGGUGAAAUCAUUGAAGGCAAGUUGGGUUGCUGCUUUUCCUUUGGGAUCUUUGUUGAUGGACAUUUCCUACAAGGCAGCCUAACAUUUAUAGUUGGAAUUCUGCAGCUGGCAUUUUUUAACAUCCCCUUGAUGGUUUACCUGUGUUGGAGCUUGUUGCAGCGGUGCUUUGGUCACAACUUUCGGUCCCAUCUCCGUCAAGGCAAAUACUUGAAGGUUAUACCUAUUCAUCUACUUAUGUUACUGCUGUACAUCUGGCAGAUCUAUUCCUGCUAUUUUCUUCAUAUGACAUAUGGCACUCUAGCUUUUUUCUUCUCCCCUUUGCGGACCUGGUUGACACUGUUAACACCUGUUAUCAUUCGUUGUGUGUGGACACUGAACUCUACCAAGCUUGGAACCUUCAUAGCACAGUUAAAAAGCCACUUAAGCUCCUAA